ACUUAUGAAUUUGAUGGACACGUAUACGAAGGCGAACACAGAAUUUUGUGUNUCACGGUGAACGGCACGUCCAACAACGACACGGGACGGGUGAACGCCUCCCUCGAGACGAAGUACUACUUCAGCGACUGGGGCUUCACGCUGAAGGAGAAGUGGAAUACGGAUAACACGUUGGCCACGGAGUUGUCGGUCGAGGAUCAGCUGAUUAAGGGCUCGAAGCUGGCGUUCAGCGCCAACUUCGCCCCCCAGAGCGGCAAAAAGGCGGGCACUUUGAAGUCGUCCCUAAAGGCCGACCACUUCAACGCCAACGCCGACAUUGACUUCGACUACGGCGGCGCCCUCUUCCACGGAUCAGCUACUCUGGGACACCAGGGCUGGUUGGCGGGGGCGCAGCUGUCGUUUGACCCCCAGCAGAGCAAACUGACCAAAACGAACUUCGCGGUCGGCUAUCAGGCCGGGGAUUUCGUCCUCCACACCAAUGUGAACGACGGUCAGGAGUUCACGGGAUCGGUGUACCAGAAAGUGAACAGUCAGUUGGAGUCGGGCAUCAACCUGGCCUGGACGUCGGGCAACAACACCACCCGAUUCGGGUUGGGAUGCAUUUAUAAAUUAGAUUCCGAUUCUUCCAUCAAAGGGAAAGUAAACAACGCGAGUCAGAUCGGACUGGCCUUCACUCAUAGACUACGGCCGGGCAUAGCGCUGACGCUGAGCGCCAUGAUUGACGGCAAGAACUUCAAUCAGGGCGGACACAAACUGGGAAUGGGCUUCGAUCUGGAGGCCUAAGCCCCUCAGCGAUCAGUGUAUCGUUUUAACACCCUUUUCCCCAUUAAACUACAGUUUUAGACAUAUAUAUACGACAAUUCGAUGAUUAGUUUUAACUUCUUUUAAGUAAAGAUUAUUAUAAUUAAUUAAUUAAAUCCAUAGACAACAGAGAGAAUACAAAUACUUUGGAAAUCUUAAGAAUCGAUUAUUAUUUUAUGUAACGCUUUGUGAAGAACUAUAUAAACUUUUUGUGCACUUAUUGUUAAAAUUAAAUAUGAAAUUAAGAGGCGAUUCGUAGAAUUAAAUCGUUAGUCAAUUAUUUUACAAAAAAAUA